AUACAGAUUCUAUUCUUUGGUUUUUCAGUCAGACAGAUAUACUCCUGAUUAUAAGAAACCACAAUUAACUGGGGCAAACAAAACUUAUCAAAGAUAAAUACCUAACGCUACGGUUUUAACGGAAAAAUAUUUUAUAAACAACAAAGCAUUAGAAACAUUUGCAUGCGGAUGUAAUGUAGUGAUUUUUGUGAUCAAUUUGGAUGAAUAGAAGUGUUUUUAUACACAAAUAUGUGUUCAAAAUUAGUUACAAUGUCAUUCGGGGAUGGGGAUAUUAAUCCGGAUGAAUAUCCUCCAGAAGAUAUUGAGGAGUAUCAAUCAAUAAAUUUAAAUACAAACGUAAGCACAGAAAGAAAUAAUAUUGUGGAAGAAGUUCAUUCCAAUACCGAUACUAGUACCAUUUUUUACAAUAACAACAUCUCAUCUUCAGUGGAAAAUUUAAUUGAAACAACUAACGAUCAAAAUAUUUGGAAAGAUGUUCAAACUUUUUCAGAAAUAAAUCCGGAUAGCGGUUCAGUACAACAAAUAGUUGAAAAUAUAACUAGUUCCUUACCUGAUGAUGUGAUUCUGGAUUAUUUUGAUGAAUCUACCAAAUUAAGAAGUGGGUUAAACAACACCUUUUCGGACAAUAUAAAUACAUAUCUAACUACUCCUUUCAUUGAAAAGCCUACAGGUAACACAUUAAAUAACAACGUUUCUUCUAUUGUUACAACUAACCCUCUUAUAAUGGAUAAUGUAACAGAUUUGUUAUCAGAAAAUGUGAUCAAAGAUUAUUUUAUUGUAUCUGAUAAUCUCAUAGAACAGUCAUCUGUAAAUAUAACACACAUUACUAAUGUUGCUUCAGUAAAUACAGAAACAGCUCAAAGUUUGUCUGAUACAGUUCUACCAAACAUAAUUACUGAAAAUUAUGAUCUUACUGAAACUGUAACUCAGUUAAUUGAACAGUCUAUAGAGGUAACAUCGAAUAAAAAUGCUACAGACGUGGUUACAGACGCAAUUUAUCAUACAAUAGAAAAUGUAACUAAUUUAAUACCAGAAAAUGUGAUUAAAGAUUAUUCUAAUGAAUCUACUAACAUUAUAAAUGAUAUAUCUGUAAAAAUAAAACCAAUUUCUAAUGUUACUUCUGUAAUUACAAAAACUGUACAACAUUUGUCUGAUACAGUACUUUCAGAAAAUAUUAAUAAAGAUCAAGAUCUUACCGAAUCUUUAACUAAUUUAAUUGAACAAUCUGUAGAUGUAACAUCAAAUAAAAGUGCUACAAGUUUAGUUACAGAAACAGUUUAUCGUACAAUAGAAAAUGUAACUAAUUUAAUCCAAGAUUAUUCUAUUGAAUCUGCUAACAUUAUAAAUGAAACAUCUGUAAACAUAAAACCAAAUUCAAGUGUCACUUCUGUAAUUACACAAACUGUACAACCUAUGAUAAGAAAAUUGUCUGAUACAAUUCGUUCCGACAAUAUUAUUGAAGAUUAUGAACAAAAUUAUGGGGAGAAAUUUACAAUUCCUGUAACUGAAAUGGAUAAAAAUAUCAAUAUUUUUGCAAGUAACAAUUCAAUAGAUCUAUCAUCGAAUAUUUCGAAUUUGUUUUCAAAAAAACUUAAGGUAUUACACAGCUUCAACAAAAAUAUUGCAUCAUCAAUAAAAUAUUUUGAAAACAUGAAUACAAAAACAGAAUCUUUACAAAAUUCAAUUGGUUCCACUCCUAACAUUUUGAAUAUCCCAGAAAUAUCAAAAUUUAAUCUGUCUUCACAAGAACAUUCUGGAACUAAGGAGUCUAAUCUAAAAAAUCAUCUUUUUGAUACCAAUUAUGAAGAACGUCUAUCUAUAACAUCUCGAUUUAGCGAUAUUGAUAUAACAAAUACAAUUAAUAAUAACAGAACUGAUAUGAUCAAUUCAACACAUGACAAUGUAACUAGUCUGUCCACAAAUAUAUCUGAAGUAGCAAUGGAUAAAACUUAUUUCGAUUCUAAUGAAUGGAUAUUUUAUGUGAUAGCAGGAUUUGUUAUUACACUUAUAAUACUAACAUCAAUAAUCAUAUUUUUCGUUCACAUCAAAAGGAAAAAACAUUUUAGAGGAUCAUAUCAAGUUUCAGAAUUGUCAGAUUUUAGUAAACGGGAUUUAAUUGUUUGACUAAAAAGUGUCUUGAUUCUUUUGUAAAUGUAAAUUUGCAAUAAUGGAAAUGUAGAAUUGUACAAUUCUAUUGCACUAUUACUAAUUUUUAAAACAUUAUUUUAACAAUUAUAGUUAGUAUUUUGUAUAAACCUAAGUAUGUAAUAUAUAACUUUUAUAUAAAAAAA